AUGCAGGGCAAAAUAUGGACAGAUCAGCUGGGAAUUAUGCUGCGUAAAAUAUGGACUGAUCAGCAGGGAAUUAUGCUGGUAAAAAUAUGGACUGAUCAGCUGGGAAUUAUCCUGCGUAAAAUAUGGACAGAUCAGCUGGGAAUUAUGCAGGAUAAAAUAUGGACUGAUCAGCUGAGAAUUAUGCAGGUUAAAAUAUGGAUAGAUCAGCUGGGAAUCAUGCAGGUUAAAAUAUGGACUGAUCAGCUGGGAAUCAUGCAGGUUAAAAUAUGGACUGAUCAGCUGGGAAUUAUGCUGGUAAAAAUAUGGACUGAUCAGCUGGGAAUUAUCCUGCGUAAAAUAUGGACAGAUCAGCUGGGAAUUAUGCAGGAUAAAAUAUGGACUGAUCAACUGAGAAUUAUGCAGGUUAAAAUAUGGACUGAUCAGCUGGGAAUUAUCCUGCGUAAAAUAUGGACAGAUCAGCUGGGAAUUAUGCAGGAUAAAAUAUGGACAGAUCAGCUGGGAAUUAUCCUGCGUAAAAUAUGGACAGAUCAGCUGGGAAUUAUCCUGCGUAAAAUAUGGACAGAUCAGCUGGGAAUUAUGCAGGAUAAAAUAUGGACUGAUCAGCUGAGAAUUAUGCUGGUUAAAAUAUGGACUGAUCAGGAGGGAAUUAUCCUGCGUAAAAUAUGGACAGAUCAGCUGGGAAUUGUGCUGGUUAAAAUAUGGACAGAUCAGCACGGAAUUAUGCAGGUUAACAUAUGGACCGAUCAGCUGGGAAUUAUGCAUGGUAAAAUGUGGACCGAUCAACUGGGAAUUAUGCUGCGUAAAAUAUGGACUGAUCAGGAAGGAAUUGUGCAGGUUAAAUUACGAACUGAUCAGCUGGGAAUUAUGCUGGUUUAA